CAGCCCGAGCAAAAUAUCUUCGUACACGUUAUUUAUCAUAGUCUACACUUUCAACUUUGAACUCCUUUUUUAUUCACAUUUUUGCUUUUCAUUUCCAGUAAAAGAUAUAAAAGCCAUGAGCGACCAUCCCAAAAAUGACGUUACAAUCAGAAGUUCAUCUUCACAUGCCAACCUACGCGACAUCAUUACUAGUCAAUCUGAUUCUACCCCGCGGAAAGCAACAUCACACGAAAGCUUUUCAAAAUCUGGCCAAGAGCCGCCGAAAAUAAUUUCAAAUGAAAUACUGCCAGCCCGCCAGGUAACACACAGUAAAAACCUUAAUAGAGGCAUCCAAUACAGUAGCAACAACAGCCACUCCAACACCAGCACAAACACCAGCAACAGCACUGCAACAAGCGCAGGCAUGUCAACUUUCUCAUAUCUCAAGGCACGCCUCUUUGGAUCAGUGGCUGAUGCCUCAACCUCGUUGACUUCAUCUGCAAGAGAUCUACUCCAAUUAAAAAAAGCCGCAGAAUUGAACAAAGGAUUGAUACCCGAGUCUUCUUCAACCACGAGGCUUGAAACAACGACGGAAGGAGAUAAUAGCCGCAACCAAUGUGUACACAAGGAUAGCCUCGGUCAACUCAACAAAUCUUCUACCACGGACCCCCCAACCAUAUCUGUAAAUUCCCCGCCUUAUCCAGCUCAGGAUGUUAUUAGUUCGCAUCGCUUUUUCUCCCGCACUUUGCCUAAUCGACGGCAGCCCCACGAACCUUUGCGUCCUGCACUGAACAAGCAAACCAUGCCGACCUCACCCAUUGGCCCUUUUAAUCCAUCCACGCUUGAAUCUAUAUCAACAUCAAACAAUCAAAUACUAUCCCGUACUGCUUGCUCAAAUAUUAUACAUGUUUCUUCUCCUACAUCAGCUACUCAAGUAAUUGACCUCAAUCAACGCCGUCUCUCUGCGGCCUCAAGCUCUGAUACACAGGUACAUCCUAGAACUGGUAGUAUUGUCUUUCAGGAGGGCUUCCUGAACAAAAAAAUGGAGCAGCACUCAGGUGAAAUAGAGCACGAUUGGAAGAUAUACAAAGUUAUCUUAAAGAGCUCAAAGAUAUACUUUUACAAACCCUUACCAAUGGAUGAUUGGCCUCAGUUUCAGAGCCCCAAAGAUCCUCAAAAGCAGUGUCUCUCCUCAAAUAUCCUGCAACAAGACCAUACAGGCUAUUAUCACCAGCAUCACUCAUUCCCCAACAACGGCACGUCUCCACAGCUGUCAAUCGCCAGUGAAUGCGGCAUGGUUCUUUCGGCCUUCAAUUUCGAGUCCUCUACUAGGACUUUAUUAUUUGAGGGCAACACGAGUAUCAAGUCACUUAAUCAUGAGUUUCAGUCAUUUGCAUCUCCGGUGUCCAAAUAUGUUUAUGGGGAAUGCUUCACAGAGAUCGACCGUCUGACAAUGCAAUUCAAAAAGCAUGUGGCUUUACUCUUAUUUGAAGACAGUGUUGUUAUUUGUAAGCGCAAAUGGGUUCGGUACACUUCCGCCAAAGUCAAGGAUGUGAUAAAAUUCAGUUCCAACUCUAAUGAAAAGAAUGAGCAUCAGGAGCCUGUCUCUGGAAAGCGCCAGGGCUCGCUCUCUGGUAUCAGUCACAAAUCCAGUGACUCUCGUGGUAGCGAUGGUGAUCAAAGGAUCCGCGCUAUUUUUGAUAGUUCGACUGAGAAGCAACGAGGCUAUUUCUCAAAAUGGAAACACGAAGCCACCUACCCGCUGUCGCAAGUCGAAGCGCUAGACAUGGCUUCGCCAGUACCGUCCGCAUCUGCAACAUUCUACCCGUUUGCAGCACCCGUAACCGCUGCAGCUACAAACCCGUCAUACUUUGGACGUAAUCUGCGGGACUUGGAUAUUCCCUCCAUAUCUACAGCGACUUCCAUUUCCUCUUCCAACCACCAAUCAACAACAACCUCGACUCUUGAGCUAGUAAUCACAUCCAACAUAGAUGGGAGAGACUAUACCCAUCGUCUUCUUUACCUGCCUCCUUCGCAGGAGGUGCGUCAUCAAUGGUAUUCCAAGUUUAAUAGAGCCAAAGGGCUAUAUCAACCGCACACACGGACAGCCUCUAAAGGCAGAGGUUCAGUCGAAAGCCUUGUACCUAAAGAUGCUCCUAUGCUGUACUCGCCUCGUUCUAACAAUUCAACCGCAUCUCUUCACUCGCCGACAUCACCAAAGUCAUCUUCUGAGGCUGAGAGCUUUAUUUUGAACAGCAAUAAAAUGGACAGGGCUCAAGCAUUUUGUGAAACUACAUUGGAUCCCAAGAUCACAGUGCGACGGAAGGUUAGCACGGGCACUACCCAACUAUCAGGAGCAUCAAUCGAUGACUUGAUCUAUGAAAUUGUUCAUAACGAGCUUACAGACAUCAACCUUGAACUUGUUCACAUAAUUGCAACCACUUACCCAUUAUUUACAACAACUUCGCAUGUAUUGGGGGAAUUAGGGCGGUACAUUAGCUUAGAGUCAGCAAACUCUACGCCUGACAACACAAAAGCAAAGGUGCAUAGAAUUGAGUUUUUUAUACGGGAAAUUAUCAAUGGAUACUGUGCUAGCGUAACAAAUACCGAAGAAUUGGAAGAGAUCCGCAAGUUUACAAAGAUUUUGCAAGAGAAAUGUGGAUCAACAAGAGCGACUGAUAUUUUACAACGCACUGAUGCUGUUCACUACAAUGACAGUUAUUUGGCUAAUGUAGCCUCUUUCUCUACCAACAAUGAAUCCGACGGCUGUGUCCGUGAGGUGUCCGUGGAUCUGUCAAAUUUGCUUAUUACAGGGCUAACUCCAGCUUUGUUCCUGAGACUCGAACCAAUCUUUUUUGCAGAGCAAAUUCUACACUACCACCGCAAGCAGUUAUACCUCAUUGGAGGCUUGCAGCGCCUUUUCAAAAAUCCCGCUAACUUUAUACGACCAUACUCUGUUUUCGGGACAAGCCAAUCUCUACAAAAUGCUCUCGUUUUUUCAAUGUAUUCACCACACUUUCUAACCAUCCUCAUCACCCACCAUAUCCUAAUUGCAACCCAGUCCAUCCAGAGUACGUCACGGAGGCCCAAAUUGCUUGCACAGUGGAUUAAAACAGCGAGAUGCUGUUGGCUACUGGGCGAUAUGGCAGGGUUUGUGGCAAUCGCCAUCGGAAUAUGUUCACCAGGCGUCGUACGCUUACAGGAGACCUGGAAGCAAGUCUCUUUAGAGCUCAGGCAAGAGGUGGCACACAAAUGGGUACCCAUACUCAUAAAGAUGAACAUGGUGAUGGAGGAUUUACAAGGGUUGGCAAUAUCUUCAUUCGGUUUAAAAUCUUCACUUCACUCUGUCUUUGAAAUGUCACUCAAUGGCGAAGAUUCUGUGAUACCAUGUAUCAGCAACAUUAAGCAAUCACUAGAUCAACUGGAUAGGGCUAUGCCAUCAUUCCUGCAAUUAGCCCCAGUACAACAGCUUAACAUUGAAAAACUUAGACAAAUCUAUCUAGUUCUCAACAAAGCGUCGCAAUCAAUAUCUACAAAGGCCUUGAAGCCUCAACCAAUUUUAUCGUCAUUAGAAAAUGAACGAUUACAACAGUAUUUCAGUCACCUUGCCUCAAUCAGCCAGACACUCCAUGAUCACUAUCAUUCUAAUGAGUUAUCAAGCGAUGCCUUUGAGUCCUCGUUGGCUUGUGAACCACAUUUCAUUGGUCAAUACCUUGACUAUCAUUACAAGAAUCGAAAGAUGGCAGGCAGUUUUAUACCUUUAAUGUUUCCAGAGGUUGUUCCAGAAAAACGGCUCUUUCCAUUACCGCUUCUACUGACGCUUGAAAACACCGGAAAUACUGAUCGAAAGAGUUCAUUCGAUGAAGUUCAAACUAUUCCACCUGGAACCUCCAAAAUAGCCUCUACAAAACUGCCUUCAGACCUCUCUUCCACUGCCAAAAAAGGGUCUGAGGAGUCGAUAGGAUCUUCAGCGACCUAUUACAGAACAUUACAUUUAGAGCAGACAGAUUCCACCAGUUGCCAAAAGUCACACAAGCGGACGUACUCCUUCCCUCCUGCCCGAAAUACAUGUAACAGCAUAGGGUCAUUUAGCACUCAACCAACGGUCAACAUGAUCAAUCCACAUUUGGAUGCUCUCGCCAGCGGGUGUUUGCAGAGUAUGGACGAGCCUGAGCCGAACGAGGUAGUUACGGCGAUGCGAAAUGUUACUUGUAUUGGCUACUCAUCUAUAUUGAUCGAAGGAGGUAAUCUGAUUCUGAAAGUGAAUGAGCAAAUGACGGAACCACUUGUCAAUCCUCUUGCAAAAGAAAGGGAAGGAGAUUUCCGUAGAUCGAGGCUAUACUUGAAUACUGGUGGAAGUCAAUCAUCAAAUACAAGCAGCUUGGCCGAGCUGAAUGAAGCCCGAAGUGUUAUAGUGAAAGCUGGUACAUUAGAAGAGCUUAUUUAUGUCGUUGUAAUGGGUCUCGAGGAUCGGAAUGGAAAGUACCUGGACGAGCAAGGGAAUUUGAUAUGCUGGACGAGCAUGCAAUUUAUCUUGGACCACGAGACGUUUCAGAAAGCAUUCUUUGCAACAUAUAGAAGCUUCUGUACUGCCAAUAGGCUGCUCGAUCAGUUUGUCAAGAUGUUCUCAUUUGCUCAAGAUAUCAAGCCUAGAGCUUCUGAUAUACCGUCUGCGUUCGAUCUCUCCCCAGGAACCCAGGGCGCCUUUUCGAGGGCAAGUUCUAUGGCAAGAGUCAGUCAUAGCUCUUCAACAUUUGAUUGGAAGAGAGUUUUAACAAUGCAACUUAAUAUUCUGAAAGCCCUGGAGUACUGGUUAAGGGCUCAUGCUGAUGACUUUUUGGAUGAUCUGACGCUCAAGGCCAAAUUGAGCGGAGCUCUCAAAUCAAUCUCGGCUCAGGAGGCUUCUCAAAAGCUACUAUUGGAUGACAGCCAUAUUGAUGAAGCGACAGCACUCUCUAAGAAACUGACCUAUGUUCAACAACUUGCUGUGGAACAAAUGAUGAAACCACUUGAUUCUGUUAUCUUGGUGUCAGGUACUCUGGAGACGUUUUUCGGACAUUCUCCGCUAAUGCCACCACAAUUAAACGAUAGUUGGUCGCCUGGAACACUCCUUGACCAGUUGAAUGCGGCUGCAUGGGCACAUUUUCUCACCGUUAGGAAUCAAGAAUGGAUCAUUUUGUUUAAGGUUUUGGAGUCACAAUCUAUAGAUCCACUGGGAUGGUAUCUUCCCAAGGUGGGCGCUACGCCUGCAGAAGAGGAUAUAUUAAUUACGAGUAUUCAUGACACCCUUCAUGUUGUCCGAAAAAAUGGGGCACCAGGUACUCAUUGGAACGGAGAACGACUCCUAAGCUCGCUUCCUUUAUGUCUUCAAAACCUGUGUAGGCUCCACCAUGUCAUUCGUGGUUGGGUCAUUGCUCAGCUAGCUUCACCGAGCAUCGCAUACAAUGUAAGGCUGGACCGCCUUCAAAAGAUGUUGGAUGUUAUUACCCUUAGUCGACGUGCAAUGGGUCAAUUUGGGAGCGGUAAAGGGCGGGCCUCAUUAUCACUACAAUCUACGGCUAGGAAGAUCUCUGUAGGGGUGGUACCAUCCUUUGUUGAGGAUGCUGUGGUGAGCGCCCUGAUUAGCCCAGAGAGUAGAGCCUUUUCUCACAUAUGGCUUGAAGUAGCAUCUAGUCGCAAAGGAUCUGUUGAGACUUUAGAGGACGUGCUGGUUCCUCAACGAGAUAACGGUCUAUUGUCAGCAGACUGUUUGAAUCAGGACGUCUCACAUGAACUAGUUCCGUCCAUUGGGUGGUUGAUUGAGCGUUUUUUGGAGGCUUGCUGUUAUGUUCGAGACAUGAGCUACGAAUCACCACUGCUUAUCAAUUUCGAUAAACGGCAGUACAUCUAUGAUCUCAUACAUGUCUAUACACGGCGACAAGAGGAGUUGCGAGCUAUUGAAAUGACAUCAACGCCUCUCUCUAGUUGGCUUGGCUUAUCGAAUGGAUUGAGUUCUAACUUGGCUAUGAAGGUUGUACGAGAAUCUGCUCAAAAGGAGUCAUCAAACAUGCAUGGUGGGUCUACUACCCAUCUCUCCUCUGCUACCAAUAUUUCAUCAAGAUCAUCACGCUUUCCUAGAAUUUUCUCGCGGCUUGUGUCAAUGCAAUAUGAAAAGAUCAAACGGGACCAAAAGGAGCUCGAGAAGCUUGAAAAGCAAAUUAAGGAUACACAAGACAGGAUCCAAAAAGCUCAGCAGGAACAGGCAAAGAUAUUGGAGAAACAAAUUAAGCUUGAGCAGAGUCGAAGCCGGGUCAAAAACCAACUGUUAAAGUCGACACUUAUGCGAGCUAUGAGACCUAUCUCUCUUGCUAUUACAAAUUCCUGGAGCUCUGCAACAACGACUGUGAGUAAUGCGACUGCUUUAGGCAGUGCUAUUAACGGGAAGAAUGUGAGCGGGACUACAGCAAGUGGUGCUAUUGAAGCAUUGGGCGCUUCUAAUCGUCAAGAUUUGGAUAUGCCCCAACUCCAACUUCAGUCCCACGCCACAUCGUCAAGCAGCGUCCAACCUUUGUCUACCCCUAAACCUGUAUUGGUUAUCAAUUUGAUCAACUCAACCUGUUCUGUUGCCAAUACGUACACGAAAAGAAAGUUUGUAUUCAAGGUUGUGACGGAAGAAGGCGGACAAUCACUGUUUCAGGCAUUGGAUCACGAAGAUAUGCUCAAGUGGAUCAAGGUCAUCAAUGAAGCUGCUGCUGGCGCAACAGCGAAGCGACGAACUUUACUGGACAAUGAUGAGUCGCUGUCGAGUGCGGUAACGGCUACAACACCAGCGGAGGAACUAUUUCCAACCUCGGAAUAUGAGUAUAAAGGCAGAAAUUCUGUUUUUGGUGUGGAGCUCCGGCAUCUUAUGAGCGAUGGCAACAUUCCGCUGAUUGUUGAGAAAUGUAUUGCAGAAAUUGAGAAACGAGGUUUGGAGGAAGUUGGGAUCUACCGUGUACCUGGUGCCGUAUCGGCAAUCAAUAAGCUGCGACAGAGCUUCAAUUCUGGCUCACAAAAUGUCAACUUGGAUAGCGAUGAAUGGAAGGACAUUAAUGUUGUAGCGGGAGCAUUGAAGCAAUUUCUACGUGAACUGCCUGAGGCUGUGAUGACCAACGCUUUAUAUGACUCUCUUAUUGCAGCGUCCGCACUCGCGGACUACGAUGAUCGACUGAUAGCUAUGAAGGAUUUAAUUCGUACGCUACCUGCUCCUAAUUAUAUAUUACUGAAGAGGAUUAUAGAACACUUGGAGCGUAUAACAGAUCAUGAAGAAAUCAACCACAUGUAUGCGACAAACCUCGCCAUCGUUUUUGGCCCUACUCUCCUGCGCCCCGGAGGUACAUCCGCCAGUUCGUUUGCGACAUCAAUGAAAAACCU